UAAAGAUGGGGGGGGGGAUAGUUUCUUUAAUACACUUUCAUUUAAUUAUCCGAUAAGUCCGCAAAGUUGUCCAAAUACUCCUUUAUAGUUAGGCCAGUUAACAUCACGCUAGAUAAAUUAGAUAGCUUCCCUUGUUUGACAAAUGAAACCCAGAACCUGUAAUCAAUAAAUAUAUGAAAUGACAUCAUAUAAAACUGUUUUCAUUUAUUGCAUGAAUUCCAUUAAAUAAGACACAUAGCAUACAUACAUACACACAAAAUCGCAAAUUCCACAACAGACAAGUCUGAAAUUAAUUUAUCUCCAAGUUAUAAAAAUCAUAACCUUUGAUGUUCUUCGCUCCGGUCUUGAUGGCCCGUCGGUCCCUCACAUUUCAGAGGUGCUCCGGGACACUGAGUUCUUUUGAGGGAAAGAGGCAGCGUUUGUUAAGACUUUCCAGCAUCCAAUGAAAUGAAAUCUGCCUCCAAAAAACGCAUCCAUCAUCCCUUUCCACCCAAUGAGUGUCGUCGCGGGGCGGAGCUCAGGUGCGCGCCGCUGCGUCCAGUUGGCAAAGAGCCUGGGAGACGCCUGUGGCAAAAGAGUAACUGUCAAAUGCAAGGUUCCUUUAAUAGGAGCGAUCAGUCCGGCUCCGAGAGUCAUGGCGACUACAGCAUCCAAUCAUUACAAUAUCCUCACCUCCAGCCCAUCUAUUGUACACUCGGAGCCUGGGAGCAUGCAGCAAGCCACGGCUUACAGGGACGCGCAAACCCUGUUGCAGAGUGACUACUCGCUGCAGAGCAACAGUCACCCGCUCAGCCACGCGCACCAGUGGAUAACAGCCUUGUCACACGGAGAAGGAGUUCCGUGGUCGUCCAGUCCCCUCGGCGAGCAGGACAUCAAGCCAGCGGUGCAGAGCCCCCGGGACGAGAUGCACAAUUCCAGUAAUUUACAGCAUCAGUCGCGGCCACCCCAUCUGGUACAUCAGACACUCGGGAACCAUCACGAUUCAAGGGCAUGGAGAACAACGACGGCAGCUCACAUCCCCAGCAUGGCCACCUCGAACGGACAGAGCCUUAUUUACUCGCAGCCCAGUUUUAGCUUGAACGGUCUCAUCCCGGGUAGCGGCCAGGGCAUCCACCACCACAGCAUGCGCGACGCGCACGAGGACCACCACAGCCCGCAUCUCAGCGACCACGGCCAUCCACCGUCCCAGCACCAACACCAGUCGCACCAGAAUCACCACGACCACUCGGACGAGGACACGCCGACCUCGGACGACUUGGAGCAGUUUGCGAAACAGUUCAAGCAGCGGAGGAUCAAGCUGGGCUUCACGCAGGCGGACGUCGGACUAGCUUUGGGAACGCUCUAUGGAAAUGUGUUUUCGCAGACCACGAUAUGCAGGUUUGAGGCCCUGCAACUCAGCUUCAAAAACAUGUGCAAGCUCAAGCCUUUGUUGAACAAGUGGUUGGAGGAGGCAGACUCCACAUCUGGCAGCCCCACGAGCUUGGACAAGAUUGCUGCGCAGGGCAGGAAACGGAAAAAGAGGACUUCCAUCGAGGUAAGCGUCAAAGGGGCUUUGGAGAGCCAUUUCCUUAAGUGCCCAAAGCCAGCCGCCUCGGAAAUUACUUCGCUGGCAGACAGUUUGCAAUUGGAAAAAGAGGUAGUGAGGGUUUGGUUUUGUAACAGAAGACAGAAAGAGAAACGGAUGACUCCUCCCGGCGGACCUCUACCGGGUACCGAGGACGUAUACGGAGACACGCCGCCGCAUCACGGGGUUCAGACGCCAGUUCAGUGAGAAAAGACAAAAACAAUACAAAAUCAAGGACAUAUCUUAUCAUAUUGACUGCCUCAGUCUUCAUUUAUAAUUAUGUUCACAUUGGAGCCAUCCAAAGUGAAAGCAGCAGCGGUUUAGACUACUGAGGCGGGAGAGCAGAUUUUAUCCGUCUUCAAUGUUACUCAAAAUCCGUAUUGCUGCAACAGAGGGGACCGUGCGUUCCCCGCGCGAGCAAAGAGAACGGUUGUUCUGUGAAUACCCAGCACUGUGAAAAGACGCAGUUUUAAGGUGUAACCCUACUAUUUAUCAAACACUUUGAGACGAGCGAAAAUGUCCUACUCAAACGCGAGCAUGGGUGUCCCAUAGCCAGUUGUUUACAUCUAGACCCAUUCACUGCAUUCUUAUUUUGUGAGAUUAGACUGAAAAGUGACUAGUGCUGCAGCAUUUGACAAGUACACGCCAUUUUUACUUUUGUUGUGGGCGACUGAGGGUGAACAUCGAUUCGACUGAAAAAACAACAACAACAUCAGUGUGACAUGCAUCCACACAGUAUUCUCCAAUUUUCUUGGGAUCUAAAGGCAUUUAAAAUUAUUAUUAUUAUUGGUAUUUAAAUACAGCAUGGUUAUGUUUCAGUUCUAGAGACACAGUGAGAUGCAAGGUCACACUAAACAGAUGUUGUAGUCUUGGCGCCAAGAAAUUAGUCUCACCCAAUUGAUUUUGGCCACUUGCUUUUGUUUUAUCAAUACGUAUUGGUCUAAAUUGAAAAGAAAUAAAAAGAAACUUCCAGCAUUGAGCUGCAGACACGUCACCGAAGGGCUAGCGAUAGAGACCUGGCAUUUCCUUCGAUCUAGUCAUAUUACCAUAAAAUACAAUUGUUUCACAGGACUCCACACAGUGCUGUAAAUAUUGUAUAAUUUUCAAAGAACAUAGCUACGUUAUUCUCUCACAUGAGCACUUUUUCGUAUUAUUUAGAUUUUGGAAAAUAUUUUAGAGGUUUUGUUUAUUUUAUGUUUGUCUAAUUUGUUUAACAUUAGAGUCUCGGUAUAGUUUGCCUUUAUAUUUAUAGUCAGCCGAAUAUUGCGUGCUAUCUCCUACGGAAGUCAGUUCCUUUUUAACCCACAUUCAGCUGCUUUUUUUUUUUUUUUUUAUAAAUUUUGAGCUGACUUUACUAUAUGGUUAUGUAUAGUAAACAGUGUUAGCACUAUUUUCUACCCAAUGAAUUCAAUAUGAUAUAUCUCAAACAUUUGAACGUCUUUUUAAAUUAUUUUGAAAUAGAGAUUAUUUACACAGUAUCGUGGUGAAUGAGAAAAGCAAGUGAUGUGACCUGCAGUGUUCAUUUCAUUUAAAGUCAAACGAUACUUCAUUGUUUCACAUGACAGCGUUUUUGUGUAUUUUGUAUUUCCAUCAUUUAUCAGGCAUAUAAAUUAAAAACACGAGCACUAUUAUUAUUAUUAUUAAGCUAUUAUUAUUAAAUAUUCUCCACGUUCACUCAACAUCAGAGCUAUACAGUAAAAUGAUAUUUGGACUUUGGAUGUAACUGGGUUUGUUCUGUUUUUUUUUUUUUUUUUUUUAUUUAAUUUUUUUUAAUGCUUUAUAGUUCCUAAUUUAGUUUGUUCCGGUUCGCAUUUAUAGGGACACGAAGCAGUGUUGAUUUACUGAAAAUGUAAACACUGGAAGAUUGGAAAAAUGGGAAGAUUUCUCCCAUGGGCUUGCUAUACGUCACUAUGUGUAAAUACAAUACAACAAUCAGAAAUUAUUAUUAUUAUUAUUAUUAUUAUUAUUUUCUUAUUGUAUUAUUUUGCUUAUAUUUUAAUUCAUAUGUUGUAAAUCUAUUCCAUAGAAAUUCCAGGGACAUCUGUUAUUAUUGUUCUAUUUUUUUUGUUUUUCAAAUGCAACAUUUUACAUAGAUUAACUGAUCAAACUGUCAUGUAAUUCUACAGAUACUGUGGGAGCUAUUUAUUUGUGGUUUAUUUACUCUUGUCAGAAAGACUCCAUCAAACGUUGAACUGGAUGAUUUUGUGGGUAUAAUAAAAUGCGCAGAGGUUGUGAUAGAAAUUUGAUUUCGUAGUAUAUGAUGUUUUUAUUUAGCCUAUUAUUGUUUUCAAACCUAACAUUUUAUGUCGUCGGUAGUAAACAAUAUGCGGACAACGCUUUUAUUUAUUGACGUCUCGAUCAAGUUUUUAAACGAAAUUUUAAAAUGUGAAACAGAACUAGCAAAACUGCACUGUACGUUCAAAUGGUUUGAUAUGUCAGCCCAAUCUCAAAUGAACUUUAGAGCGUUAAAUUAGUAAGCAACAACA